GAUAAUGCAUGUGAGAAGACUUCAUACAUGUUUCUACGGAAAGAACUUCCUGUGCGACUAGCUAAUACCAUGAGAGAAGUUAAUUUGUUGCCUGAUAACUUGCUUAACAGGCCUUCAGUUGGGCUAGUACAGAGUUGGUACAUGCAGAGUUUUCUUGAGCUUUUAGAAUAUGAAAAUAAAAGUCCUGAGGAUCCUCAUGUUUUGGAUGACUUUUUAGAUGUUUUAAUUAAAGUCAGGAACAGACACAAUGAUGUGGUUCCCACCAUGGCGCAAGGGGUGAUUGAAUACAAGGAAAAAUAUGGCUUUGAUCCAUUUGUUAGCAGUAACAUCCAGUAUUUUCUAGAUAGAUUCUACACCAACCGCAUCUCUUUCCGUAUGCUUAUUAACCAACACACACUUCUUUUUGGAGGAGACAUUAAUCCUGCUCAUCCCAAACAUAUUGGAAGUAUUGAUCCUAAUUGUAAUGUGGCUGAAGUGGUUAAAGAUGCUUAUGAAACAGCUAAGAUGUUAUGUGAGCAGUACUAUCUGGUUGCACCAGAUCUGGAAGUUGAAGAAUUCAAUGCUAAAGCUCCAAACAAGCCCAUUCAAGUAGUCUAUGUACCAUCUCAUCUGUUUCAUAUGCUAUUUGAAUUAUUCAAGAACUCAAUGAGAGCUACAGUGGAACUGCAUGAAGGUAAGAGAGAAGGCUAUCCAUCAAUCAAAACCUUAGUCACUUUGGGGAAAGAAGAUCUAUCUAUUAAGAUAAGUGAUCAAGGUGGAGGCGUACCUUUAAGAAAAAUAGACAGGUUGUUUAACUACAUGUACUCUACAGCACCCAGGCCUAGUUUGGAGCCAACGAGAGCUGUGCCUUUGGCUGGAUUUGGCUAUGGCUUGCCAAUUUCUCGUCUUUAUGCCAGAUAUUUUCAAGGUGACCUUAAACUCUACUCAAUGGAAGGAGUCGGUUCAGAUGCUGUAAUUUAUUUGAAGGCCCUUUCAAGUGAAUCAUUUGAAAGACUUCCUGUUUUUAAUAAGUCAGCAUGGCGACACUACAAGACCACACCUGAAGCAGAUGACUGGAGCAAUCCUAGCAGUGAACCGAGGGAUGCUUCUAAAUACAAAGCUAAUCGAUAAUUUCGCACCCUUUGUCUCUCCUGGAGAUGACCUCUGCGUUCAGUAUAAAGUCUCUGCUUUGUUCCAAAAUCCUUCAAACCACAGUAGCCAAUUACUUCCAAACAAAGACCUAAUCAGUUCUUUGAAAAAUAGUAAGAACAAAGUGAUGAUUGGGACUUAAAGGAAGGCACUAAGCGCGUUUGGUAUGUGAAUUCUGUCUGCUUUACCAGAAUAUGCUUGGCUGGUUCAGUCAUGUGUUGACAGAAGGGACUGCACAGUGAUUGCACUGAAGAUUACAAUGUUAUAUUUGAAAUGGCCGAUUUUUAUUACAGUAUAAGAAUUGGCAAGAUGUGCAGAAUCCCUUUUAAUGAUGAAAACUAUCUUACACAGCAAUAUGGCAUAAGAGAAAAAUUCUAGUGUAGUUAAACAUAUGCUUAGAAAAUGCACUCUUUGCUGCAUUUGAUAUUGCACAGUGUCACCUCUUACGGAAAAUCCCUUUGAGCUCUUCUGAUCUUAUACUUAAUGAGCUUAUAAAUGCAUAGUUCUAAAAAGGGUUGUGCAGCUUUAAACUGAUGCUUUCCCCAAAUUUCCAGAUCCAUUUGUCAAGUGCAUACAAAAAUUAUGUUCUUAAAGGCAUUGUGACUUUCACUUCUUGGUAUGCACCUUAAUGAAUUUCUUGACUUGCACAAGAAUGCCAAAUGAUAAAUCACGUUAAUUAUGCAUUUGUAAACAUUUUUCCUUGUCCUGAGGAAAGAUCAUAAGCAGUUUGAUCAUCUCUCCGUGCUUUCAAGAAUUCUCAUCAAUAUGGGAGGGGGGAUUAAAUUUCAUGUUCAUUGCCUGUUGUUUUUUGGGGUGGGGAUGAGGGGAAGGGAAAGAAAUGCUGAGAGGCCAGACAGCCAGUCAUACAAAUGAAUUUGCCUUAAGAAUGUUGGUCACUUGGAACCUGAUUAGUAUAAAACCUGUAAAUAGUUUGCAAAGUUAUUUAUAUAUUCAAUGUCUAACAAUAGUCUGGUAAUUUGAAUUUGUAGUGUAUAUAAAGAUGUUGUACACCAGCUUUUGGAAAGUGUCAUUGGUCUAAAUAUCUGAAACUGGAUGUGUGGGAGGGAAAAGAAAAGAUAGAUGAUGCCAGAUUAAAAAAAAAAAAAAUCAAAGAGGAAAAACCUAAAUAAUUAACAUCCUCUGAAAUUUGUUGUAAGCAUUGCUGUUGAGUGUUAGGAAACUGUACUUCACUAAGUCUCUACCAAAAAAUGUUUCUGAUCUUAUGGCUCUUCAGAAGAAUUUAUGAGGUUAGAAGUUCUGGUGAUAUCCUAGCCACGGGAAUAAAGGUACAUGAGUUGUAAGCAGCUCUGCACCCUCAAUUUCUCUUAGGUGUUUUGAUAUUUUUUUGAAAGAUACUGCAGAUUUUAACAAGGAAAAAUGAAACCUAUUUGCUUGAACUGUGGAGGAACUAUCCCUUUUGUCCUCCUGAAUAUUUAUUUUUGUAAAGAACUGGUCUGUUAGGUAAACAGGGAAAAGCUGAGAAAUUUCUAGAUCUUUUUAAUGAUAGUACUUUGCACUUACAUAGCACAUUUCAUCAAAGGGUUUCAGAGAGUUUUGAGCAAUAAGUUUCUUAUAUCCCCAUUUCUGAGAAGCUGAAGUCCUUAUCCUGCAAACCCUUACGCUCAUCUGUUGCGGUCAGUUCAAGAAUUUGUACAUGAAUAGUUCAGGCAUUUGUGGGGCUUGAGGUUUCUCUACACUGCUUGCUUAAGUGGUGUUGGAGUACCCAGUUGUUUGGGCACCGUCUCAUAUGCAUCUAUGCAGACUGCUGCAGCACUAUCUGGAGACAGAGAUACCAGAGUGACUGCUGACGGCUUUCUGACUUGUUAGCUGGUAAGCAGUGCCCUCCUUAGCCCCUUCUGUCAGCAGGCUGGAGGAGGGAUCAUGCUGAUGAGACCGUCCUGUUCUGUUUCCCAGCCACACUUGUUUAACCCUAGCGAGGAGAUCUUUACAUGGCACAGGGAAGGUGUACCUUGCAUAUCCUCCAGAGCAUUUCCCAUGACUGCAGACGCUGCUGCAGAGUAGGCAAAUUGCUAUUCAAGUGAUACAGCUAUGCUGCUGUGGAGAAAUCAGUGUAAUAGGUUUGCCUUGAAACAUCAGUUAAAAGUCUCAUCUACUAAAAUUUAGUCAGUUAACUUCUGCCCUCACCACAACUUCCUACUGUUCUUUGAAUUCAAGCUUUCUACAAAUAAUAGAGGAAAACUUACUUAGAAAUGGAAGUUCAUGAUGAAACAUGAAAUUCAUGAUUUUUCUGGUUGUGUGGUCAGUUUUUCCUGGAACUUUACCUAAAAUGUUCCAAAGAAUAAGAUCAUUUGUUUAAGAAGCUUAAGUUUAGCUUUUGUUAGAAGUCAUAUUUUUGAAGUAAUAAAAUCUCACCUGGUGCUUCUUUUUGACCAUCUCCUUACAAAAAGAGGAGGAGGAAUGGAAAGGAUGCAGGGAUAUUGAACACUAAGUGAAUGUUAAGCAUGGAAACCAAUAAAUGAGAAGUGAAGAUACUGCAGAGGAUAUUAUAUUGUAUUGUUAGUCAUUUCACUACUUUUUCCACCAAAACAACUGACUGGGCUUUCAGGACUAACGGAACUGCUCUAGUACUUUGAAGAGUCGAGUCCCCUGAAAUGGCAGCUAUUUCCAACAACCCUGAGCAUGACCAAGCAGUUCAGAAAAGGAAGAGAGAGCACAAGAAAUGCAUUUUUCUUUCCAUUUUUCAAGGUCUGUCCUUGGGAAUUUUGCUGAGUGUGAGCAAGAAGUAACUUUACUCUCUCUCUCCAGCCUUGUCUAGACAUCCUGUGUUUUAAUAGAAAUCUCGGGUCUGCUGUAAAUUGUACCUCACUCAUUGUCCUCAUGCCAUGUUCCUACACAGGGAUAUCUGAAAAUUGUCUUAGGAACCAACAGCAACAGACCUAUGAGUAGAAGAGAGUUUUCCCAUGGGUAUGCCUGAAAAAUGAGGGUGGAUACAUUUUUUGAUCUGACUGGUUUAACUACGGAUUCUGUUCUCUUUUUUGGUCACUUCUGGCUUUGACUGGAAUCUGUUGCAACUCUCUCAGUAUUUUGGGGCAGUGAAUUGAAAACUUUUUAUGAUACAAAAAUGUGUUUCUUUGUUAUGGAUUUUGGAUGUAUGGCCUGCUAAUGUUAUCGCAACCUGUUUGUCUUGAGUUACAGGACACAGUAAUUAGAAAAAAAUGUUUUCAGUGAAAAUGCGUUGUAUCUGUUGUGCUUAGUGAUUAACAGAAACAAUCUGAGCAAGAGAUGCUUGCUCCUUGAUUCUUCCUGAGAAUUUACAACCGCUUUGUGUGUCUUAGUGUAAACGGAAUAGUUUAGCUUUUUCUUCUGGUGUGCAUUUUCUGGUGUAUCUGUCUUAAAUAUAAUUAUUAAUGCCCUGUGUAGUUUAAUACUAAUAGAUACUGAAGCCUCUCCAAAUCUUAUACAUAUUUCUGCUCCCUGUUUCUUCUAGAUUUUGCUUUAAGACUAAAAAGGGUCUUUCAGAGUCAGCACUUCCUAAUAAUUAUUCAAAAAAUAUUGAAAGGCUUACACAAGUGUUGUUUUACAACUCAGGUUCACAGUCCGUGCCUCUGUACUUGACUGUGAUGAUCUAGAAUUGUACCGAGAAGGUCUUUAUCCUUCUGCAGUUUGUGCUACCUCUUGGGUGAUGUUUAAAGCAGAUUCCUAGACAUAAAAGUUUAAGGAAUAUGGCUAUUCGUUCUAGUGGUAUUGCAAAACUCAAGCUACUUUUUGGCUGUAUAAGCUACACUGAUGCUCUAACUACGUAACGUAAUUUUCAUUGUCCUCAGUGGUGUGCAGAAUUGGUUUGCUCUGAAACAGCUGUCGCUUUCUCAAAAAAAAAAAAAAAAAGUGAACAAAGUGAUCGUUUCUCGCUGUAGUGCAAUCUCCUAUUCUAUUCACCUCAACCCAAACUUAAGUGUUUAGGGUGAAAUCUUGACCUCGUAGAUAUAGAAGACAUUUUAUCCCCUUGCCCUUAAUAAGCACUUUUAGAUCCUUACAUGCUAGGUGCUGUAGAGUGCAAAGUGGUCUUGACAGAUAUAAAUCAUUUUGUAGAAAACUGCCUAAAUGUUUAUUUUUAGUUACAUUUCUCUCUUGACAACAGCCACGUCUGAUUGUGAGAUGUUCAGUUAGUAUGCAUGUUUCCUUGGUUGCUGCACAGAUGCAGUAGUUUCUAAUGGCUCUACAUCUCCUGUUCUUGACAUAUUCACUUACCGGUGAGUUAUAUAUCUAAGCAUGUUUUAGCAGAAGUUAAGAAAACGUGAUGGCAGAUGACAAAAUGGUGUAUUACUGAAUGCAAAGAUGAAUUUAUUCACAAAUGAGGAAUACAGUCAUUAUGUGGUGACUUCAGGGCUGAAUCUUGGAAAUACUUGCACAAGUAACUGCUUAGGAGAGUAAUCUCACUUAAGUGGAUCUGCUUUCAGGAUCAGGACCCAAGCUGUUGAUGUUAAUUAAAAAAUGAAGGUUUAUGUAACUAAAGUAACUUUCUAAUUAAAAAUAGCUAGGAAAAUUUAGAGUUCAUAUACUUCACAUGCAGUAUUAUGCCUUAAAAGGUCUCAGAAAUUGGCAUAGAUAAAACUUGUUUGUUAAUUAAAUUUUUUGUAGUGUCAGUAGGAUUGAUUUAUUUGAUUGUGAUAAUUCAGAUGUUUUCAAGCUCGUAUCAAAUGCUUUAUUAAAUUUUUUUUCCUUUGAGCUGAAUACUGCUGAAAGGUGCCAGACUGACAGUCCUUAAAAUUCAUACCCUCUUGUUUACAAAUCAUAUUAUAAGAUGGGCAGUGGCAGUGCAAAUUUCCUCAUGGUGCACUGUUUGUUAGUACUUUCAGCGGUUUAUUUAGCAAGGGCUGUCCUUAGGUGAGAGACCUGCUAGCCGUUUCAUGCUUGCCUUCUCUGCUGAACAAAGUGCUCAAUUUGUGCAAAUCGUAUUGGGUUUUAUGAUGUGCGUUUCUAUCAGUAAAAGUCAAGUGAAUUUGCUCUUGGCGUUGGCUACUGAGCAGAAGCUGCAUGAUACUAGCCCCAGUCGCUGGUGAGCUGGUCUGUAUUGUAUGUAGCAUCCAAGAGGGAAGGAGAUCUCACGCUGCUGUUCCUCUGAGGUGACAGCGUUCAGACUACCGGUUUGAAUGAACUGAACUUUUUAAUGGAGGAGGGGGAGCCUAAUUGUUCAUGAGAUUACUUGGUGAUGUUUUAAAUUUUAUUUUGUGUCUUCUGUAACUUGUGUUGGAAUUGUUUCUAGUCUGGUAACCAUGUACAUAAUUUGUGUAUGCUCUUACUGUCCUUUUUUCUUUUCAUUGCUGUCAAAUAAAAAUAUGUAAAAACUA